AACCUUGUUCUGACUCUUGGCUGUCGAGCCCGCCUUUGCUUGAUUUCUCUCCCGCUUCUGCUGCGCCUUCGCACCCUGAGGAAAAGAGUGAGAUGAACAAACAAUGUCAGAGUAUAGGAGAAGCCUCCUCACGUUGCCCAUGAUCCCAAGGAAACUAGAAACACUAGAAAUGAACCGCAGCGAAAGAGAUGAAAGGCCUUGCCACAGCCUUGCGGCGGAUUCUGCGCUCGAUCAAUCGAGACCUUACGUAAGCAAUCCCGUACCGCCCAAUGCGAUUUUUGUUUUCGGCAGCUCUGUUCACGCCGACGAUAAAGACCGGACCUGAGGCAAAUUUGGUUCGGCGAGAUUUUCUUCUGAGUAACAUGGCGAGGAUGGCUGACUGUAGAGUCAUAAGGCAGGAUAUAAGAACGCAUCGAUGUUUUCUCGUACCCUUUACUUUCGUGCAGUGACUCGAAGCACCAUGAGGACAUACUUUCUUUCAGUUGCAAAGAACCCUUAUCAGGCUUCUGCUCCCUCACCCGUCAAUCCGCCUUAUCUCAGACCACAUACCAGCAUGUCUGCUUCACUCGAUGCCGCUAGGAGCGCUGUCACCCAGCAAGUAAAGUUUGACAUCAUCACGGAAAGCCAAGAAGCCGACAAUGAGAAGGCAAGGCAGGAGGUCUCGAGGAGCUUCAUCUCCGAUACGAUCACAGUCCCCUCGAAUGAGAUGUACGCCUAUGCAGCGUUAGCCUCCUUGGGCGAUGAUGUCUAUCAUGAGCCUUCAACGAUAGCACUCGAAGCACAUAUGGCUCAAAUCACCGGCAAAGAAGCCGCUAUGUUUGUCCCCUCGGGGACCAUGUCCAAUCAGAUUGCUCUCCGAACUCAUUUAAAACAACCCCCGUACUCUGUACUUUGCGAUUAUCGUGCCCACAUCCAUAAGUACGAGGCUGGCGGUACAGCCUUCCACUCCAACGCAACAACCAUCACCGCUAUCCCCUCGAAUGGCCAUCAUCUCACCCUUGCUGACGUACAAGCAGAAAUAAUUCUCGACAACGACAUUCACUUUGCACCGACGGAGGUUGUCGCUCUGGAGAACACACUCAACGGUACCAUAAUUCCGCAAGACGAGAUCAUCGCGAUCUCGAAUUGGGUUCACAGUAAGGGCAAGAAAAUGCAUCUGGAUGGCGCACGAAUCUGGCAUGUCGCGAUCGAGACCGGCACACCUCUCAAGGAACUCUGUGAUCCUUUCGACUCCGUCAGUCUUUGCUUCAGCAAGGGUCUCGGUGCACCUAUCGGCUCUUGUCUAGUUGGUAGCCAAGAGUUCAUCAAGAAGGCUCGUUGGUUCAGAAAGCUGUUCGGUGGCGGCAUGAGGCAGACCGGGCUCCUUGCGGCAUCGGCUGCAUAUGCCCUCACGCACAAUUUCCCGAAACUACUCGACGUACACGUCCUUGCAAAGAGGCUAGAGGCUGGUCUAAAGGAAAUCGGUGUACGUAUCACCAGCCCUGCAGAGACUUGCAUGAUCUUCUUCGACCCGUCACCCGUUGGUGUAGACUACGUUGAGCUCGUUGAACGCGCGGACGCCCUUCCAAAACCAAUCAAGAUUGGUGGCUCGAGACUGGUACUUCACGUCCAAACUUCACCCGAAGCGGUCGAAGAUCUGCUUGCUUUGAUCCGUCAAAUAGCAGAGGAGAAGAAGGCCGCCGGCUUCGUUCCCCCACAGGACGCUAAUGGCAACCCAAAUGGCAAUAUCUAUAUUCGCGCUAGCAAGCCUCGACGAACUGAGUAAUGCUGGUUUUCACACUCUUGGUCAUUAGAAAUGUGUGAUUUGUUAGACCUAUCAUAUUAGAUGUAUCCGUACCCAUACACAAAUGUAUCUCGCAGCACUAGGAUUUCAUGUUUUUGGUUAACCUUUCCCGACAUACCGCUGCUUCUCGUACUCCCGCCACAAUGAUUUCAUGAC